AUGCAAGCAGCCAAGAAACGGUGUCAAGAAAUAUUGCAAGUGUGCACGAGUGUUGAGAGCAUUCCAUGCUCUUAUCUUGAUCCGUAUGCCGAGACGUACAAGGAAGUCCUUGAGUACGAUAAAGUAUCACAGCGUGAGAUCCGAAAGGAUAGAAAUGCUUUUUUCCGGGAGAUAGAGAAUUGUAACGAGUGUAAGAAGGAUGGAUUUAGCGAUGAAUGCUUCAAACGUAUCUAUUCAGAAGAUACGGUAGCGCAUGAGUUCGGCAGCAAGGCCAUUACUACCGUUAUUUUAGCGUUCUGUCUCGUCCUUCUCAUCUUAUACGUUGUUCAAUACUGGUACAGGUACAAUAAAAUGGAAAAGCAGCCAAGAGUUUACGACAUUGACAACGAAACUUAAUGUUACCGCUAUAAUUCGUUGUACGUUCAU